CCUCUUCAGAUAUUAAAGUUUUGCUUUAUCAUGGCGGUGGAAAUUCGAUUGACAUGUGAAAAGCCACGUGAAGAAUUUCAGUUUGAAAGACCAAAACAUCUUGUUACACCAGGAGAUAUAAUUACUAGUGAUACUGGUUUUAUGCGAGGACAUGGGACAUAUGUUGAGGAAGAGAAUCUAGUGGCAUCAGUAGCAGGAAUUGUGGAAAGAGUAAACAAAUUAGUGUCUGUUAGGCCUCUCAAAACCAGGUACAAUGGGGAAAUUGGAGAUGUUGUUGUUGGUCGUAUUACCGAGGUGCAGCAAAGAAGAUGGAAAGUUGAAACAAAUUCCCGCCUAGAUUCUGUGCUUCUUCUUUCUUCUGUAAACUUGCCUGGUGGGGAGUUAAGAAGAAAAACAGCAGAAGAUGAACUUGCAAUGAGGAAGUAUUUAGCAGAAGGGGAUCCUAUAAGUGCUGAAGUGCAGUCUGUUUUCUCAGAUGGCUCGCUCUCUUUGCAUACAAGGAGUUUAAAGUAUGGUAAGUUGUCCCAGGGUACUUUAGUUCUGGUUUCACCAUCACUGAUUAAGCGUCGAAAGACACACUUCCAUAACUUACCCUGUGGAGCUCGUAUUAUCCUUGGCAACAAUGGAUACAUUUGGAUUUCUCCAACUGUAGAUGAAGAUGUCAAUGAAAGUACAGGGGGAUUUAUCCAAAACUUGGAGCUGGUUCCUCUGACUGACCGUGAAACAGUUGCAAGAUUGAGGAAUUGUAUACUUGCUCUUGCUCGUCAUCGAUUGCUACUUUACGAUACCACCAUUUUGUACAGCUACGAAGCUUCUCUCCGACACCAAUGUAAAGAUAUAAUGAAACCUGAGGUUAUGUUGGAAAUUAGUCAGCUUGUACGUCAGCGACUGGAAAUUGAAGGAUUGUAAAGUUCAUUGUUCAACAACUGAAGCUAAGACCAGUAAAUUCUUAAUGGAUAUUACCUAUUGAUUUUUCUUGUAAAUAUAUCUUUUUCAUGAUGGUAUUAUAUUGUUUUAUUCAGAUUUGCAAUAACUUCAAUUAAUGAUUCUAAUUUUUCAUAGGACUUAUUGAUCAAUAUCGAAAAAGAAGUGUAGAAAUUUCAAUUUUUUUAAAACUAAAAUCUUUAAAUCAUUAGUAGUUACUUAAUUUUUGUAGAUGUAAACAAAAUUGGAUGAUCAUUUUGUGGUUUUUUUUUAAUGAUUUUACUAAUAAUUGAUAAGAGAUUUGUUGAUUUGGUUUAUAACAAAUUUUUUUUUGCCAGUCUACUGAAUGUUUCACAUUUGAGAUAAAACUUUAAGAUAUACUAGAAUAAAGAAAAACCGUACUUGUAAUAAAUUUACAUUAUAUUAAUAGGCCAUUCUGUUUUUUAAAUUCAAAUUUCAUUUAAAAUAUCUAUAGUAUAACUAGUAACCUCAGAAGUGACUCGUGACUCAUUCUUAUAUAAAACAGUGAGAAGCAAGAGAGUCGUUAACAGAGUCACCUGAAAACUUUCAGACCAAGAAUAAAGUAACCAAAAAUAUGUUUUCUUGAAUGUAUUGAAGAUCCUGAAAUAGUUGUAAAGUCAUAGAUGAUUAGAAAGUGUGCAUAAAUUAUAGAUCAUGGUCAUUAGUCAAAAUGUUAAACCACUUUAUGCUGAAAUUAUAUAGAUAUUGUUUAGGUUUGAACUGUAAUAAACAAACAAAUAGUGAGUGCCUAAACAUAAAAAAUUAUUACAACUAAACCUGGUAUUACCAAAAUUGUGAAAGAGAUAUUAAUAUCAAAUUCCAAUACUGUCUUAGAUGUUGUUUUUUGUAUGGAACUAACCACCGAAGUCAUGUAAAAAGAAAUAUUUAAACUACCAUGAAUUACAAGAUAAAGCUGUAAACUUUACCUAAAUUUUAGGAUUGAAUUAUUUUUAGUUAAAUUACAUGAAGUAACUACAACUGAAAUUAUGAAGAAUUAGAAUCAAAAUAUAAUUUAUAAGGUAAUACAAUCAGAGGAUGCAGACUUUGAGAGUAUUAUUGCGUACUAAAGUUUAGUCACUUUUAAUACUAUCUUCUACCAAUAGAGUUUAUAAAAUGAAAAUUUUGCCUACAAAUGAUGGCAAAAAAAAUAUUUAGUGUGGAAGUUGUUUCUUGUAAUAGAAUUACCUUAGGGAUAUUUAUAAAUUGUGUGGUACCCACUUUUUCUUUUA